CGGUUUAUGAUUGGUCAGUCCUCGUGCACAUGUGCAGAUUAUCCUUACUCUUUCCUUACUCUCAGAAGAACGGUUCAGAGUGCAAAUGGUUUCUUUGUUGCUAAUCUGUGGGGAAUAUCUACAAGAAAGUAGCAAUGGGUCCUGAGAAAUGUCGCUAGGUUUGUCGCUGGGCGCUUUUUGGGGAAAAAAUAGUCGCGGGGUGUGUGUGUGUGUGUGUGUGUGUGUGUGUGUGUGUGUCAAAAAGUCGUUAGGAACAGUGUCAAAGUCGCUGAGUUGGCAAAAGAGUUUUGAGGUCUACGCAUGCGCACGGCACGCCUGCGAGGGGAAGGCUACGGAAGCCGUCGCGUAACGAGUUUGUUGGUAAACUUCCUGAAAAUGGUCAGCUGGGAAAAGUUGGCCGCUGCUUUGAGGAAUGUCUUGAGGAGCCCUCGGGUAAUGAAAAGUGUGGUGAGAUACCGCGCUGUCAGCCCUGCUGUUUUAGGUUCCGUACUCGGAUUGGGAUUCGUCUGUUAUCACCAUUAUCAUGCUAACAACAGGACUCUGCCCUUCGCUUCUGUUCAUGCUGUGGAAGAAAAAGAAACCACAGCCCCCCCAUUAUCUGCCAGAAAGAUGCGAUUCAACCAGUUUGCAUCAGUGGUGUAUGAACUGGAGCCCUACAUGACUCCCAGAGACUUCCUGUUCUCCGUCAUGCUGGAGCAAGUGGAUCGAAAGCUACAGAAACGAGUUUUAACUCCACGGGAAGUGAACAGCAUGUUGGUAGCUGCGUCUAAGGCUCGGCCCAGCAGUGAGUUGUUCAGACACCUGGGAGACAAAGGUCUGAUUUCCUACACAGAGUAUCUGUUCCUGCUGACCAUCCUAACCAAACCACGAACAGGAUUCCAGAUAGCCUUCAAAAUGCUGGAUGUGGACGGCAAUGAGCAAGUGGACAAAAAAGAAUUUCUGAAGCUCAAGAAAAUCCUUGGCAAAAGUAAAAUGAGGGCUCCUAUGGAUGCUGAGGAGACACCAGCGGAUGAGGCAGAGGGCGUAAACACAACACUACAGGCUUACUUCUUUGGGAAGAACGGGGACCUCAAGCUGCAGUUUCAGGAUUUUAACAGGUUCAUGGAAGACCUGCAGGCUGAGGUCCAGGAAAUUGAGUUCUUACAGUUUUCCAGAGGCAUGGACACCAUGAGAAGAGAAGACUUUGCAGAGUGGCUGCUUCACUACACCAACGAAGAAGACAAUGAAGUGUACUGGGACAACAUGAGGAAGAAGAUCCCGUCUGGUCAGAGCAUCUCAUUUGAGGAGUUCAAAGCCUUCUGUCUGUUUACCAACAACCUGGAGGAUUUUGCCUUUUCCAUGAAGAUGGUGACGGAGUCCAAUCGUCCUGUGGGAUUGGCUGAAUUCAAGCGAGCAGUGAAGAUUGCCACAGGCCAUGAGCUCUCAGACAACGUUCUAGACACAGUGUUUAAGCUCUUCGACAUGGAUGGAGACAACUGCCUGAGCCAGAAGGAGUUCAUGGGAGUGAUGACAGACAGAGUGCUGCGUGGCCUGAAGGUGCAGCCUCAGACCGGCAUCUCUGGCUACUGGAGGUGUGUGAAGAGAGAGACCCUGAAGGGCGCUCAGGAGGCCCUGGGUUCUGACAGGUGCCCCAUCUGAACCACUAUGAUCACCCAGUUUAAAGUUGUGUGACUGACACCACAUAGAGGAAUACUUCUACCACUAAUCUGAUUAUGAUGUCCAAGUCUGGUUGUGCGGUUUACAUCUUUUUUGUUGUCACUAUUUUAAUGACUUGUUUCUAUUCAGUGUGCAUAAACUAUCAGGUUUACAGCUGAAGCUCAGGCCUGUUAUCCUUAUGCGGGACUAAAAAGGGUUCAUGAUAGCUGGGAUCACACAUUUUGGAUCUGCCACUGUAACCAUCUUUCUGCUGUAAAUCUGAUGAAUUGAGUACUAGUUUACCUAAAGGAGGAGAUGGCAGGUUAACAGCUGAGUGGGCCGGUGUGAUGCUUGGUGUUUGGUUUUCUAUGUUUCUGCCAAAAUCAUAAAAUAAAAGGAUUUAAAAGAAAA